AGCACUCACGCCAUACAAGUUUUAUACGCAGAAGAGUCGAAUUGUCAUCUUAAUAAUCUACAUAACUUAUUAAGCAGAAUGUUCGUUGUACGUCGUAGUACUGCCCGUUUGUACCCAGCAGGAGUGCAGUUGGCCAAAAUGAGCGGUCAACUCGGUGACUUGGGCAGCGGUGCCGGCAAGGGAGGUGGCGGCGGUGGAUCCAUUCGCGAGGCUGGUGGCGCCUUUGGCAAAAUGGAAGCCGCACGCGAGGAGGAGUACUUCUACAAGAAGCAAAGGGAUCAGUUGGAGCGCUUGAAGAACGACCAGAUCCAUCAGGCUGAAUUCCAUCAUCAGCAGAUCAAGGAGCACGAGGAGGCCAUUCAGCGUCACAAGGAGUUCCUCAACAAUUUGCACAAGUGAAUCAAUCUGGAUAAAUAAAAUCUAAAUAUCCAAUGCGAAACAUGUACAUUUAAAUAAAGGCAUUUUAAAGAGGGAACUUUACUGAUAUUUUUGAUUGUACUUAAAGCAAUUCCAUACACACUUUAUAAAGAAUGUUCAGUGCCUAAAUAAAAAUCAUUUUUUAAUA